AUGAAUAGAACAUUCUUGAACUCAACAGUUUUAAUACCUCAAUUCGAUCCAAAAUUAAAAUUUGUUGAGCAAGUUGUUCUAAUAACUAUAUUCAUAUCAGCACUAGUUGGAAAUAUAUCCGUUUUUUUAAUUGUUCUACGAAAUAAACAUCGACGUUUUACAAGGAUGGCAUUUUUUAUUUUACAUUUAACAAUAGCCGAUAUUCUUGUUGCAUUAUUUUCCGUAUUCCCAAUGUUAAUUUGGAAAUCGUCUCCAACAUUCUUUGGAGGAGAUAUAUUAUGUAAAACGGUAGCAUUUCUAAUGUUAACAGUAACAUAUUUAUCCGUUUAUACAUUAGUUUUGAUGGCAAUUGAUCGAUAUAAGGCUAUUGUUCAUCCAUUGACAACGUAUACGUGGACAGCUCGUUCCGGUUUAUUUCAUAUCAUAUUUGUCUGGUGUUUAAGUUUUGUACUAGCAACACCACAAUUGUUCGUAUUUCGAGCAGGAAUUCAUCCAGCUGAAAUACAUAAUCCAAAUGCUAAACUCAAUUGUGUAGCAAAAUUUCUCGGUAAAAAUUCAACAUGGGAACUCAUUUACAUUAUAUGGACAAAUAUUGCUCAAUUUCUUAUACCAGUCUCUGUUCUUAUCUUCUGUUAUGGUUCAGUCUAUUUAUUAGUUAGUAAAAAUUUUUCUAUGAGACGUUUAACACACACAAAAAAUAAUAGUUUUAAUACGAGUAUUAAUCAAUUGGGUACUACAAAUAAAUCGACUACAAUAUUUAAUCAUCUUGUUGAUACACAUAUUCAUAUUAAUUACCAUUCAACAACGAGUAGACAUUUUCAACAACAAUAUCAACAAAAGCAAAAACAAAAACAAAAUCAAAAUGUCAAUAGUAUAAAUUUACUUCGUCCAUCUGAUGAUUGUAUAUCAAAUAGUGGUAGUACUACCAAUACAACGGUUACAUAUCAUAAAAAACAGCAUCGAAAAAAUUUUUAUAUACGAGAUGCCAUGUAUCCAGUGGUCAUACGUUUAAGUCGACAAAAUAAUAUUUCACAGCAAAAUGCCAAUGUUUAUCCACGACAACAUUGUGCAAAUUUUCUAUCACGAGCAAGACUAAAAACUAUUAAACUCACAUUUAUUGUUGUCAUUGUAUAUAUUAUUUGUUCAACGCCAUUCUAUAUUGGAUCCAUUAUUAUGACUUUAAACAAUAAAUUUAUAUCGCAAAAAACAGCAAAUUGGCUUUAUACAAUAUUUAGUUUAAUGUUAAAUUUAAAUAGCUGUUCAAAUCCGGUGAUAUAUCUGACAUUAAGUGGCGGCCUAUUUAGGAAACAUCAUCAUGCAAGCAAAUUUUCCGGACAUCGAUCAGACAGAACCAGCGCUAUGAAACGUAGUUUAGCAUGGUAUGAAUUAUAA